AUGGUGAAGCCUGAUGAGUAUGGGGCAGGAGAUCUGAUGCAUGCUAGGUCCCCGACCAAUUACCCGAGGGGGAAGGAAAGAACCAGGGGGGUUUUAGCUGCAAUUAGACAACAUCUCAAGAAGGCCAACUACCACAAUUUUCAUGAUUUACUGCAUGCAUUCCAACACUACGAUAAGAAUGGUUCUGGUAAAGUGGACAUCAAUGAAUUGCGUGAAGUAUGUGUGCAGUUCAAUCUACCAGUUGAUGCAGUUCUACUUGAGCAACUUAUGGACUAUUGUGACGUCGAUCGCGACGGUUACAUCAACUACAUAGAAUUCUCUAAUUUCCUAAACUGGAAGGACAAAAUGCCAACUGGUCAGCCUGAAGUUAUUCAGUCACAUCCAGGAACUCCAAAAUUAGUAAAAGAAAAAGAUCUAGUUGCUAAAUCACCGACCAGUCGUGAAUCAACCCCAAGAAGGAUUCAAAAGCAAAUUGACGCUGCAAUGGUGGACCAUAGAACAAGUGCAUCUUUGAUUAAUGCUACAGUGGGCGGUAUUUCAACAAAAGACUAUAGAACAUAUGGAGUACCCACAAUUCGCACAGAUAAGGCAGCGCCAAGAAUCCGACGUGUUUGUGAUAGAACAAAUUAUGGUGAUGAAUCUGAUGCCUUUGGUCUGGUUAACCCAUCCAUCUUUAGUACUAGGGGUCUUUCAGAGAAAGACUUCCUUAGAGCUAGACCAAAAGAAGAGAUCCGACAAGUAUUCACUAACAUUGGUGUCCACAUGACUCUCGGUGACUUUGAUAAAAUAUAUGACCAAGCCGCAUCAUUUGACCCUCGGGGGCAAGUUAGCAUUGAACUUUUCCGCAGUGUUCUUGAUCAGAACGAGGCAGGACGGAUUAUUGUCGAAUAA